UGUAUGCUACCGAUGACUUUUUAGAUUGGGUUAGGUUUUUAGUUAGGUUAUGUUAAUGAAAAUCACACUGUUUAACGCUUUAAAAAUUACAAUUUACGUUCAGUUGUACAAACUUAUAUUUUUAUAAUGUGGAAAUUUAUUCAUAGUUUCUCCAAAUUCACCAAUCAGACAAGGUAUUCUGUAUUAAACAACAGCUGUAUUUUUCAGUACAAAAAUUUUCAAUACCCUAAAGUACAUUUAAAGCGUGCAUAUACAAAUUUAGCGAAAAAACCAGCUCCAAAAGUACAUUUCACCUUUUCAACAUGUACGAGAAUAGGUAUUGCUAUAACAACAGGAGGAAUUUUACAUGUUACGUUAUUGAAUAGUAAAGCUCUCUGCAAAGCAAAAAAUACAAGAAUGAGUACAUAUCGAGUCUCGUCGGAUAACCAACAGAAGUUCGAUUGGAGACAAUUGUGGCAUUAUUUAAAGCCUUACAUUUGGUAUUUGGUGGCAGCAAUAGCCGGUGCCUUGGCGGUUGCAAUUCUAAAUAUACAAAUCCCUCAAAUUAUGGGAAGUGUUAUUAACGUGAUCGCCCGAUAUACAGAAAACAAAAAUAGUGAAACAUUCAUUCAUGAAAUGAGAGCUCCUGCUCUAAAACUGAUUGCAAUGUAUGUUUGCCAGUCACUCUGUACCUUCUUUUACAUUUAUAUGUUAUCAAAUCUAGGAGAAAAAAUGUCAUUUCAAAUGAAAACUGAUUUAUUUUCGGCGAUACUAAAGCAAGAUAUUGCAUUUUUUGAUGAACAAAGGACUGGAGAGAUAAUUAAUAGACUUACCAGUGAUAUCCAGGACUUUAAAAGCAGUUUUAAGCAAACUGUAUCUGGAGGUUUAAGAGCAGGUGCACAGAUUGUGGGGUGUUCAAUUUCACUAGUGAUGAUUUCUCCAUACAUGACAUUUAUUACAUUACUGUGCAUUCCAACUGUGAUUGCUGUUGGUACUGUUUUUGGAGCUUUGCUGAGGGGUAUCUCAAGAAAAGCCCAAGCACAACUUGAGAAAACCACAGCUGUAGCAGACGAGGCCGUUAGCAACAUCCGAACUGUUAGGGCAUUUGCAAUGGAGGAUCAAGAACAAGAAUUAUUUGACACAGAAGCUGAAUUGGCGAUGGUCUUAAAUGAAAGCCUGGGUUUUGGUAUUGGCUGGUUUCAAGCUGGAACUAACAUGUUUUUGAAUGGAAUGGUUCUGGUUACACUUUAUAUGGGAGGCUACCUUUUGUCAACAGAGCAAUUAACGCCGGGGGAGUUAAUGGCUUAUUUGAUGGCGUCCCAAACGAUUCAGAGAUCGCUGGGUCAAUUAUCUCUUCUUUUUGGUUCAGUGGUUAGAGGUCUUGCUGCAGGAUCCCGCGUUUUCGAGUACAUCAACUUACAACCAAGUGUGUCAUUAAAAGGGGGCCAAACCAUUUCAGAAUUGGAUUUGAAAGGGAAUAUAGAAUUUAAUAAUGUUACCUUUGCAUAUCCGUCGAGGCAGGAACAGAGUAUUUUGAAAAAUUUCAGUUUGAGAAUUCCGUCGGGUAAAACUUUAGCUAUUGUUGGUGCUUCCGGAAAUGGAAAAUCCACAGUAGUAGCACUUAUAGAACGCUUUUAUGAUGUCGACUCUGGUACUAUAACUAUAGAUGGGUAUGAUAUUAGAAGUCUUGAUCCAUCGUGGUUGCGAAAGCGUGUCUUGGGUUUAAUUAGUCAAGAACCUAUUUUAUUUGGAACUUCUGUACUGGAAAAUAUUAGAUAUGGUCGUCCUAGUGCUACCAACGAAGAGGUUAAAGAAGCGGCCAUGUUAGCGAAUGCUCAUGAUUUUAUUAGUUCUUUUCCUCAAGGUUAUGACACUAUGGUAGGAGAGAGAGGUGCGACAUUAUCAGGAGGACAAAAACAAAGGAUAGCUAUCGCAAGAGCAUUGCUAAAAAAUCCAACUGUACUUCUGCUGGAUGAAGCUACAAGUGCUUUGGAUACGGAAUCAGAAAAGAUAGUACAGCACGCUUUGGAAAGAGCUAAGGAAGGAAGAACUGUCAUUGUGAUUGCUCACAGGCUCUCUACAAUUCAGAACGCAGAUAUUAUUGUUGUUUUGCAUAAAGGAGUGAUAGUAGAGAUGGGAACCCAUGAAGAAUUGACCGAAAAACGUGGACAUUAUUGGUCUUUGACGUAUCAGCAGCAAGAAGUGCCGGCUGCUUAGUUUGAUGAUUUUGUUGUUAUAGUAGUAAUAAAAUGUUUUUAAUUAAAA